GGUUCAGGCAUUAUUCAAGGCAGCCAAGUUUCCGGAAGAGCAACUGGUGCGGGUUUAAUGGACAAGGAAGAGAUAUUUGUUUAGGUUUAGUCAGAAGAUCACGCAUACUCUUCUUUUGUCAAAUAGUCUGGCUCUUUUUAUAUCGUCAACAUGCCUUUGUUUGCCCAAAACCCAUUUGACCAGGAUGUCGAGAAGUCAACCAAUGAAAACAACACAACAGAUGACUGGGGGCUCAUUAUGGACAUCUGUGAUAAGAUUGGAACAACACCCAAUGGACCAAAGGACAGCUUGAGAUCCAUUAUGAAGAGAGUCAACCACAAAGUGCCUCAUGUUGCAAUGCAGGCCCUCAAUUUGCUGGGUGCAUGUGUGUCAAACUGCGGCAAAAUAUUCCAUUUGGAAAUCUGCUCAAGGGAGUUUGCCAGUGAAGUACGGAGUGUGCUGGGCAGGGCCCACCCUAAGGUGUGUGAAAAGCUAAAGGCUCUAAUGGUGGAGUGGGCAGAAGACUUCCAGAAGGAUCCACAGCUCAGCCUGAUCAGUGCCACCAUCAAGACUUUGAAAGAGGAAGGCAUCACCUUCCCCUCCACAUCCUCACAGGGGUCCACCACUAAGGUCAGCACACCUGCUGUGAGCAAAGUAUCGGAUGAUGACAACCUGGCCAAAGCCAUUGAGCUGUCCUUGCAGGAGCAGAAGCAGCAGGUGGAGACACGGCCCCCGGCCAUGACUUCUGACCCCCCAAACUACACCAACGGUAGUGGGGGGGAGGAGGCCCGGAAGGUGCGGGCGCUGUACGACUUUGAAGCGGCUGAAGAUAAUGAGCUGACCUUCAAAGCUGGAGAACUUAUUCUGGUUUUGGAUGACAGCGAUCCAAACUGGUGGAAAGGAGAGAACCACAGAGGAGUGGGGCUUUUUCCCUCUAACUUUGUCACAAAUAAUUUGAAUGCUGAGCCAGAGACAGUGGCUUUUGUUGAAAGGCCAACCAGUCCUGAAGAGAUAAGCCUGGAAACCAAAGUUGAGCCUGAGCCCGUCUUCAUUGACGAGGGGAAGAUGGACAGAACACAGGCGCUGCUGCAGAAUGCGGAUCCGGCAGAUCCGGCUCCUGACUCUCCAGAGCUGAUCCAGCUGGAGGGUGCAUGUGAACAGAUGAACCCAAUGAUUGAUGAAAAGCUACAGGAGAUUGACAGGAAACACUCAGAGUUGUCGGAGCUAAAUUUGAAAGUUAUGGAGGCCCUGGAGCUUUACAACAAGCUCAUGAACGAGGCUCCAUUCUACUCGGCCUACUCCAAGAUGCAGACGCAGUAUGCUCCAGCCGGCUCAGCUGUAGCCAUGCAGGGCUACCUUGGUCCGGCUGGUGGUCCCUACCUUCCUCCAGUGAUGCCCCAGGUUCCACCUGCUCAGCACUACACUCUGCCCAGCGACCAGCCCGGACAGCUCCACUCACUGCCCCCCAACGUCUCAGCCCCACCCAACAGCCAAGCUCAGCCUUCCUACAUGAGCAGUGGAAUGAACGCUCAGUACAUGAACCAAGCUCCUGGAGCUCCUUACCCACACAUGGACAUGUCGACCUAUCACAACUCCAGCAUGCCUCCUGUGUCCUAUCCUGUGGCUCCGCCUCCUCACCAGGCUCCUCAGCAGCAGCAGCAGGCGGCAUAUUAUCAGCAGCCUUUACUGUAAAACUAAUCCUGACCGCAGACCUGAGAUGAAUACACACGUGUGUGUGUGUGUGUGUGUGUGUGUGUGUGUGUGUGUGUGUGUGUGUGUGUGUCGGUGUGUGUCGGUGUGUGUCGGUGUGUGUCGGUGUGUGUCGGUGUGUGUGUGUCGGUGUGUGUCGGUGUGUGUCGGUGUGUGUGUGUGUGUUGAAUGGAACGCACCCUGCAAAAGUUGAAUUAACCGCGGUGUGUAUGUAAUGCAGGUCUGUUGUCCAUCUGAGUGAGGACCCUCUGUGUGCAUGUCCUCAGCUACCAUAUGUGAGGCUAAACAUGGCGCCAGGCGUUGUCUCCUGUUCGCCACUGCUUUUCCCUGGCUGACAGUGAACACGGUGCUGGUCUUCACACAUGUCACAGGUCAACAACGAAGAAGAGUUGGGUUUGCCCAGCAAUACAGGACCAUGUAAUGAGCAGCCUAUUUUUACGUUUCAUAGUUCAUUACAAUGUUACUCCCAAACAUUACUUUUUUUCUGAAUUGGCCCCCUUUAAAGAAUUCACCCACCAUGUGCUCUUCUGAGGUAAACAUUUAUGAUAAAACAUAAGGAGUAAAUCUUUUUCUACAUUUCUCGUUCAUAUGGGCAAUGUGGCGAAAGCAAUCCCUCUGUCAAUGUCUAUACUGGAUAUGUUUAGCCACAGUACAGCCCAUAUAGCAUUAUACACAAUCAAUUUAAUUACAUGCGCAAGUCGGAAUUGAAUAGACUAAAAUAGCAGCUCUGCAUGUAAAAUACUAGUAAAAGGAGAGCCUUUACGCAAGCCUUUGCACAGCUGGUUUAGACGGCUGUAUUGAUCAAUACUUAGAGAGCAUAUCUGUUGUGGCAGGUGCUUGUAAGACAGAUUAUUGAAAAACGCGGCCGAAACGUUUCCGGCGUAGUCAUCUUGCAGCUGCUUGCUAGUGUGGGUUGAAAACCAUUUGACACCAAAACGGCAUUUUCAAAUGUAUCUAUGCAUUAAUGUGAACAUGGCCUAAAUGUUUUUUUUUUCCCCAUAGUUUUUAAUGACUAGUAAGUCUGUAGGUGAAUUCAUCUGAAGGCAGGUACAGUUUAUUCUGAUCAUCCCUUUGUCCUUUAGCGCAGUUUGCACUGAAUGAUUGAAACACUCUGGUUGGCGUGAGAGUCUGUUUCUGCAAAGUCAGCUCAUAUUAAAGGCACAAGCUCCAUGUCUGUCUUCUCACCAGCAUUCAUCUUUAGCUCAUCUGUUUUCUGCAGAGAGGUGCACACUAUAUUUUCAAAUAUCAAACAACGUUAACAGUUAUAUUUGUGUAAAUGGUUAAAAACAAUACUUCUCCAUAUACUCACUGCCUUGUAAUGCAUUCUGUGGUUGCUUUUGCAAUAUUUAAGAUGACAUUUUCUGUGUGUGUGUGUGUGUGUGUGUGUGUGUGUGCGCACAUAUUUGUAAGUUUUUUUUGUUUUGUUUUUACAUGUUUGUAUGUGUUUGAGGGCUUGCCUAUAAUUCAUCUUUGUAAAAUUACACAGAUUUUCACAAGGAUCAGAUUUUAGGGUGAACUGAGAAAUAGUUAGAUCUCUUUGUGUGUUUUUUAAUCUGGUGAAAUGCUGCAUCUGUUCAUAAUUAUAACAUCUGUACCCUGCAGCUUCUCAUCUUUAUCUGUGGGGUGUCUUCCAUAUUUCGGAAACCUGUUAGAAGUCCAUGUUUUAUGCAAAUGCACGAUACUGAGGUUUAUCAUGUCUAUAUACUUCAAUUUCAAAAUUGUCUAUGGCCUUGCCUGUACUUUGAUUUAUAUAUAUAUUGAGACGUUAUACAUGUAUAAUUUUCAUGGCUGGAGAAUUUGUAAUUAUUCUUAGUUUUGCUUCUAAUUUUACCUUUUUUUUCCAGAUAUGAUGAAACAAUUAGUCACUGUUAAUAAGAAGAAAGGAAAGGAAGGUAUCAGGUUUCAAAUCUUCUCUUGUUUUGUUUUGUUUGGGGGUGAAAAUCAAGGAGCAGCUUUCAUAGAAUCUACAGUUAUGUUGCAGUAGCUCCAUAGUUAUAAUUCUAGCCAGAACUGUCUAUUUUAUUUAUGGCCUCAUAUUAAAGGCAAUGUAUAUUAGAUGUAAAAUACCUGGUUUUGUUGGUUGCAUUGCGAUUGCACCUUAGCUUUGUAAACAUUUAUUUACCACUGGAUGCCUUGUUUUUUCUGUAGAAAUCAAAGAAUGACAGACACAACUUUGGCGACUAACUUCAGUCUCAGAAUCCGCUAUGUAUAAUUCUGUAUAUUUAAAAUAUUCCAGGAAAAGUUCCUUUUGUCCAGGAUUUUAAGACUGCUUUUUUAACAGAGCAAACAUAGUAUUCUUUGAAAUAAAAAAGAAAUGUACCUGUG